AUGGACAAAGAGAACUUCUACAAAAGCGUUCUCAACACUGAGUUGAAACCGAGUCUGAGCUUCCCUACCGAGUUCCCUUAUGAGUUUGACUCGUUUGGCUCAUCUUCAGCGCUCAGCUCUCCUGUUGAGUCCGUUAUGGGUUCCUCUACCGAGACAGAGAGCAGUGACGAGGACGACUUUCUUGCUGGGUUAACUCGGCGCCUGACUCAGCAACUUGCUGUCAAACCUGAGAAAAAGUGGGUCAUGGCCGGGUCACCGGAGUCGACACUGAGUGGACUCGGAAGCUGGUCCGUAUCAAGCAACGGGAGUCCAAACGGGGUGUUGUCGCCGCCAUCUACGCCGUUUGGUUCCAAGAAUGAUACAUGGGAUCUGAUUUAUGCUGCUGCUGGUCAAGUUGCUAGGUUAAAGAUGAGCAACAGUAGUGAAGGCCACAAGUACAAUAAUAGUACUAGCUAUCAAGGGAGGGGUCUACUUGGUCCGGCCAGGUCUCAAAAUCCUGGUCUCACUUCAGUCAAGAAUCAGAAUGCUGGGUUUUUUCCUUGCCAGAGUAGCACUACUUUUGGCCAUAAUGUUUCACAAGUCAAUCAGUACCAGCAACUUGUGAGGCAAGAGCAACAGGCGCUAAAGCAACAGUGCUCUUCAAUUUGGGAAAGGCAACAAGCGAAGGCAAACUGGCAAACUCAGCCCCAACUCCACCACCACCAUCACCACCACCAACAGAUCCAGAGCAGAGGCAGAAAUGUUGGGUAUGAAAAUGGGAGGUGUGGGCGUCCUCUCGGACUGCCUCAAUCUGCUUGGCCUCCUCUUCAAGUAAACCCACAAAAUCAACAUUCUAAUUCAGCAGGCAUGAGAGCUGUUUUUCUUGGUGGAUCUGGUGUUAAAAGAGAGAGUGCUGGCACUGGUUGCUCAACAGUUCUGCUCCCAGCUAAAGUUGUUCAUGCUCUAAAUUUGAACUUUGAUGACAUGGAUCUUAAUGGCGUUGCUCAGCCACGCCUCAAUAAUAAUGCUUCUUUUCCCUCAGAUUAUGAUGCUUUGAUGGCAAGAAGAAAUGCACUUUUGGCACAGCAGAAGCGAAAUUUACGGCAAGAGAGUGUAGUCAAUCAUGAAAUACGCCUGCCUCAAGACUGGCCGGGCAACGCCACCCCUAGUUCCCAAAGAUUAAUCGAGGCCGUCUUAACAACAAAUUUCCAAGGUGGGUUUGCUGCAAUAACUCAGCAGCAAUUAACUCGCAAAGUCAGACAAUUAAUUGGUUAUGCCUCAUGA